CCGCAGUCCACGGCGCACACUGAGCCGCUACCUGCCAGGCGGAAUGGACAUUUCCCCCGGUGCUCACAGCUUCAUCCUCAGACCAGCGGAGCCGCGGGAGAAGCCAGGCCCGACAUGACAGCUCCGGGACGGGAGAAGAAGGACCGGCAGCAGCAGCAGCAGCGGCCGCCCAGGCUGUGCGUCCGGCCGGAGGCGGUGUGCGCCGCGGGUCGCUACGCCGUCCUGGCCGCGCUGUGCGCCCUGUGCUACGGCAACUCUCUCCACGGGGAGUUGGUGCACGACGAUGUGUGGGCUAUCAUCAACAACCCGGACGUCCGACCGAGCUCCAGCCUCAGAAACAUCUUCAGCAACGACUUCUGGGGCAAGAGGAUGUCGGACAACACCAGCCACAAGUCCUACAGACCCCUGUGCAUCCUCACCUUUAAGUUGAACAUCUUGCUCGACGGCAUGACGCCUCUGUAUUUCCACCUUGUUAACGUGUGUUUGCACUGCGCCGUAACCUGCUUGCUCAUGCACACGUGCGAGCGCUCCGUGUUCGAGGAUUCACGCCUGGCCUUCGUGACAGCGCUGCUCUUCGCCGUGCACCCCGUCCACACUGAGGCCGUGUCUGGAAUCGUAGGCAGGGCAGAUGUCUUGGCCUGUCUGCUGUUCUUGCUGACAUUCCUCUCCUAUAUUAGGAGUGUGGGAGUGGGUGUCUCUGUGGACUCUCUGCCGUCCACUGUGUCCACGUGGUCUUUGCUGACCAGUCUGCUGCUGGGCACCUGUGCCAUGCUGGUCAAGGAGACGGGCAUCACCGUGUUCGGAGUGUGUGUGCUGUACGACGCCCUGGUGCUGUGCCGCAAGCCUCUCAUCUAUCACCUGUCUGGCUCCAGACUCAGGGAUCUCCUCCAUAUCUGCAGCCCCUUCAUCAAACGAGCCUGCCUCAUCUCUGGUUACGUGGUGAUCAUCAUGUCGUUCAGGCUGUGGCUCAUGGGAGGAUCCAUGCCUCUGUUCUCUGAACAGGACAACCCAGCCUCAUUCUCACCUCACCUCCUCACCAGGGUUUUGACCUACUCCUAUCUGCUGUCGUUCAAUGCCUGGCUGCUGCUGGCCCCCGUCGUGCUGUGUUAUGACUGGCAGGUGGGCAGCAUCCCACUGGUGGAGUCAGUGUCCGACAUGCGCAACGUGGCCACCGUCCUGCUGGCCUUAGUGAUGGUUGCUCUCUGCCUCCACUGUAUCUUCUCACUGCAGAGGCAGGAGAGCAGGGAGGUGUUGGUGGGAAUGUUGUUCCUGGUGUUUCCAUUCAUCCCUGCAAGCAACCUUUUCUUCAGAGUGGGAUUUGUCGUGGCUGAGCGGGUUCUCUACAUGCCAAGUAUGGGAUACUGUAUCCUGGUGGCUCAUGGUCUGGGUCGCUUGUGUUCGGUUUUGGGCCGUUGGGGAACCACCGUCCUCAGCGUGUCCAUGCUCCUGCUGCUCCUGCUCUUCUCCUGGAAAACUGUUCUGCAGAACCACGUCUGGCUCUCCAGGGAGGCCCUUUUCCGUUCUGGUAUCCAGACGCUGCCUCAUAACGCCAAAGUCCACUACAACUACGCUAAUUUCCUGAAAGACAGCGGUCGGCACCAGGAGGCCAUUCACCACUACACCACCGCCCUCAGGUUAUAUCCCCGUCAUGCUAGCGCCAUGAACAACCUCGGCACUCUGACACGAAACCCAGAAGAGGCUGAGCGCUACUACAGGCAAGCCCUGGACACCAAUCCGCAGCAUAACCGAGCGCUGUUUAACCUGGGAAACCUCCUCAAGUCCCAGGGGAAGGAGAAGGAGGCGGAGGCUCUGCUGAAGGACUCCAUUCGCUUUGGUCCACAUUUCGCUGAUGCUUAUUCCAGUCUGGCAUCACUGUAUGCUGAAAAGAAACGCUUUGCUGAAGCCAAUGAAGUGUACCUCAAAGGCAUAGAAAACUGUCCAGACAGCUCUGACCUGCAUAACAACUAUGGAGUGUUUCUAGUGGAUACAGGAGAGGGCGAGCUGGCGGCCGCUCACUACCAGCAGGCCGUUCGACUCAAACCAGCGCACUACGUUGCCAUGGUGAACCUGGGUCGCUUGCUCCGUUCCUCCAAUGAGAACAAGGAGGCAGAGUCGUGGUACAAGAGGGCGCUGCAGGUGACAAGGAAGGUGGACAUCCUGACGCCUCUCGGGGCGCUGUAUUACAACACAGGCCGCUACGAGGAGGCUCUGCAGGUGUACAGAGAGGCUGCUGCUCUGCAACCGGACAGCACCGACAUCUGGCUCGCUCUUGCUCAGGUUUUGGCGAUGGCCGGUCGUACCAAAGAGGCAGAGAAGAUGACGCUGGGCAUCAUUUCCAGAGAAGGCAGCUGUAUUGAAUGUUAUCGACUCCUGUCUGCAAUAUACAGCAAACGUGGCAACUACACAGAGGCUCUGGAUGCUCUGGACCGAGCCCUGCAGCAGAACCCCAGAGACCUGACAGUGAGAGCAGAGCUGUACUUCUCUAAAGGAAACCAGCUCCGAGAAAUGAACCAGCUGGACCGAGCCUUCGAGAGCUACAAGCUGGCUGUUGAACUCAAACCAGACCAGUCCCAGGCCUGGAUGAAUAUGGGCGGUAUUCAACACAUCAAGGGAGACUAUGCAGCAGCUAGGAUGUACUACCAGAGAGCCCUCCUGCUCAGCCCUGGUUCCAAACUUCUUAAGGAAAACCUGGCCAAGUUGGACCGUCUGGAGAGGAGACUGACAGGGGGAAUGUAGACCAUCAUAGUCCCCAAGCAGCUGUAUCAUCCUGGGCUUGGAUCGGGGGUGCAGGGCAUCAUCCAGCCCUCAGGAGCCCAAACACCAGCCACCAGACUGCAGGAAAAAUCCAGAUGUGGUCCUCAUGACGUCCUGUAUGAGCAGUGGUGGACGAUGGACUGGAGCCACACUGGGAGGGGUGGAGUCAAAGAGACUGGGCAAGUCAGGUCUGGACGCCUACCCUGGGAUCAGCAGAGGAAUCGCUGGUUGGAAACUACUGGGAGCGCCAUGUGCUGCCUGAAUCAGCUUUACUUCAACACAUUUGCUUUAGACAUUUGUGUAUGAUUGAUUUAUUAAGAUUCAUGUGAAGUUAUUCCUUUUAUGGCACUUAAUUACAGAUGACAAUUAAAUCCUCAGCUCUGCCUAUAAGAAUUAUUCAUAUAUUCAUAUUAGUGCAGUGAAAGUGUGUGUUAUCAUCAUGAAGGGAAUGAGCAUGGAUGUUUUUCUUGGCCCUUGGGAAAUGUAUGUGCAACAGAAUAAUGUCAGUUGAAAGUUCUGCUCAUUGGCCUUUUUUCACCCCUUUUUUUCAGUAGUGAGUGGAAAUCUUCAUGUAACGUACAUAUGGAGGCUGUUAAGUGAUAACAGGUGGUUAUUCAGCACUGAAGACAAAGACCAGAGGUGGGACAGAUGUGUGUCAUGAUCCACUUCUUAGUUUUUCCAAUUUGUCUAUUCAGUUGUCUCAGCAGAAUUUUCAUUAGUCCUGAAAAAAUCUUAAAAAGUCUAAAAUCCUAUUAAUCUGAAUUUUAGCCCAUGAAAUGUUUUGCAUACAUUCUCACAGGAUUUGAUUGUGAUAUUAUCAAUACUUUUAUAAAGUUACAUUAACCUCAGUAUUAGUUAUUAUUACUCAUACUGAAACAAAACUGAAAAAUAAGCCAACAAGGAACCAGUAAGCACUAAUACACAAGUACAAACUCUUGGAGCCAAUAAAAUAGUUACCUCAAGAAAUCAAGUUUCAGUUUAGUGAAUGUGCAUAAGAACAACUUCAAUAAGAUCUGGAUUAUUUAAAAGCAUAUCUAGCUGUUGGUUGAGACCUGUUGAAAAUCUAAAUCCUGUAAGUUGUGUAAGAAAAUCAUCAAAAUAAGAACUUUUUUUUUGGGGGGGGGGGGGGGGGGGGGGGGGGUUGAGAGCCAAUGUAAAAAUCCAGAAGCAAUCAGUUAUCACCUAUUGCAGUUUUAUAUUGGCUUCACUAAAAUCAAACACAGUGCAAUAUCAGUAUUUAAAGGUCUUUAAAAGUCUUCAGUUUUAGUGAUGAUAACAUAUACUUAUAACUUAUAAUAUUUAGUGAAAUGCUGUAUAAACAUGUAAAACCCAGUUAAUAAUCUACAUUUGCUAAAAAAACUGUGACUAGUUAACACUCGACUCCUCUGCCAGUCUUUACUUGGGGCUGAUUGGAAGUUUCUGGGUCUUUGGUGCCAACAGGGUCUCAAAAUGAUCUGCAUUCAUCCAAGACCAGGACCUGAAGCAACUUUUUGAUGAAAUUGGAACACGCAAAGGCAAAUAAUUCACACCAGACACAGUAUGUGAGGAUUUUCCAUAUGACUUCAGUCAUUUUGGCGUUGCACUGGUGAGAAACCCAGCAAAAAGGUUUUAAUUCCCAAUAUAGCCACCUGCUAUUAAACAUACCUUUGAAAUUAGAUCAUCUUUCUACACAUGAAAGUAAUGACAAGAACAGUUUUAAUCCCCUGGAGCAUAUUAGUGAAUAUAAGAUUAAAUCUGUAAAAA